UUUAGAAAAUGAAUUAGCUCAUGAUAAAAGGCAUUCUCUCUCUCUCCAUUAUCAUUGCUUCCAAGCAACAAUUCCAUGAAUUCUCCACAUUGAAUUGACUCCAACAAACAAAUUUAGGGUUUCCUUUUUUGCUCUUAUCGCUCUCAGAUCUAUCCUUAUACAAUUCAGUUAUUCAGAUCGCCAGAUUCACUUUCUUAAUCUUAAUCAGGACAAAUUUGAAGCGGUGCAUUAUAAUUCAAGUAAUCGCAUUUAUCGAUUCAAAACGCAGUCGUUUUGUUAACGUGUUAAGCACGUAAAUGUGCUGCUUCGAUUUCGACUUUACACCUCCCUUGUAUAAUAACAGAUCGUGAAAUUGGCGCCGCAACGCAGAUCACAGCGCCACGUGGGUGGCCAGAUGCAGCAGAGCAACGGGGCGGCUACUGCUGGUCUGUAUGAUCAGCAGCAGGGCAAUGCCAGCCCCGCUGCUGAUGCAGGAGAUGCUGUCAUGGCGCGAUGGCUUCAGUCUGCGGGCUUGCAGCAUCUGGCCUCCCCAAUGGCAGGCUCUACCGGUGUGGAUCACCGACUCCUAAUUAUGCAGGGAUAUGGAGCUCAGUCUAUGGAAGAGAAACAGAGGCUUUUCAAAUUAAUGAGAAACCUCAACUUUAACGGCGAAUCUGCAUCCGAGCCAUAUACUCCUACUGCUGAAAGUUCAGGAGGGAUCGGAGCAUCAGAUGGUUUCUACUCUCCUGAGUUCAGAGGAGACUUUGGUGCUGGGCUUCUGGAUCUGCAUUCUAUGGAUGACACAGAGCUCUUAUCUGAGCAUGUAACUUCAGAACCAUUUGAGCAAUCACCUUUCGUGCCUGCGGUGAAUGGAGCAUUUGAUAGUAACUUUGAUGCCCCAACCCAUUGGCAACAAAAAGCACAACCAGAAGCUGAUAUUGCAGAUGGAUUGCCCAUAAUUGAAAAGGAAAGCAACGCAAGAGAAAACAAUGUGGCAAAGAUUAAAGUAGUGGUGCGGAAAAGACCUCUAAACAAGAAAGAAAUUGCUCGGAAGGAGGAUGAUAUCGUCACUGUAACAGACAAUGCUUGUCUUACUGUCCAUGAACCCAAACUAAAGGUGGACUUGACUGCUUAUGUUGAGAAGCAUGAGUUCUGUUUUGAUGCUAUUCUAGACGAGCACAUAACAAAUGAUGAGGUUUAUCGUGCUACCGUGGAACCAAUUAUUCCUACCAUCUUUCAGCGCACAAAAGCAACAUGUUUUGCUUAUGGCCAGACAGGUAGUGGUAAGACAUACACGAUGCAACCAUUGCCUCUCAGAGCUGCAGAUGAUCUUGUCAGAUUGUUGUAUCAGCCAAUUUAUCGUAAUCAGAAGUUCAAGUUGUGGCUCAGCUUUUUUGAAAUAUAUGGCGGGAAACUGUUCGAUCUUCUCAGUGAUAGAAAGAAACUUUGUAUGAGAGAAGAUGGGCGUCAGCAGGUUUGCAUCGUUGGGCUCCAGGAAUUUGAAGUUUCGGAUGUGCAGGUUGUGAAAGAGUAUAUUGAGAGGGGAAGUGCUGCAAGAAGUACAGGUUCCACUGGUGCAAAUGAGGAAUCAUCAAGAUCACACGCGAUAUUACAACUUGUCAUCAAGAAACACAAUGAAGUAAAGGACUCUAGGCGAAAUAAUGAUGGAAAUGAAUCCAAGGGUGGGAAAGUCGUCGGAAAGAUUUCUUUUAUUGACCUUGCUGGUAGUGAGAGGGGGGCGGACACAACUGAUAAUGACAGACAGACAAGGAUUGAGGGAGCAGAAAUUAACAAGAGCUUGUUGGCUCUUAAAGAGUGUAUUCGUGCUCUUGACAAUGAUCAGCUUCAUAUACCGUUCCGUGGGAGCAAACUCACUGAAGUGCUUCGUGACUCUUUUGUUGGCAACUCAAAAACUGUUAUGAUUUCCUGCAUUUCUCCCAAUGCUGGAUCAUGUGAACAUACACUAAAUACCUUGAGAUAUGCUGACAGGGUUAAAAGUUUAUCCAAAGGCGGAAACACCAAAAAAGAUCAGAGUGCAAGCAUAAUACCUCCUACAAUCAAGGAACCUCCUUUAGCAACUACAUUGGCUGCUUCUGUUGAGGCAGAAAAUGCUUAUGAGCAACCCCAUGAAUCUAAAGUAUCAGAAGCAAGUAGGAGAGUUAUGGAGAAAGAAAGCACAUCAUACAAUUCCACAAAUGAUUUUGAUAAACAAACCUCUAGAUUUUCUUCAAAUCAUACUUUCAAUGGUCAGGAGGAAGGUGGGCCAAAUUUUGGUGGGAUAGAUAGGGACAGGUUUGAGGUUAAGAAUAGCUAUGGUGUUCCAGCUGGUCAGAGAAUGAUCUCGGCAUCAAAUUUGCAGAGCUCAACUGAUACAGAGGACAAGGUGCAGAAAGUGUCUCCGCCUCGGAGGAAAGUUUAUCGUGAUGAGAAACUUGAAAAGCCAGGAAAAUGGUCAAGAAAAGAUGUAUCAAGCUCUGAGUCAUUCUCAACAAGUUAUAAACAGCAAAGCGCAAGUAUUCCUAAUAUAAGAAGUAAUGGGUCAGGACAAAAUGAACCUAGUUCACCCCCUUGUGAUGAGAAUAUCAAUGAAUUACUGCAGGAAGAAGAAGCCCUGAUGGCUGCGCACAGGAAAGAAAUUGAAGAUACAAUGGACAUUGUUCGUGAAGAAAUGAAACUGCUGGCAGAAGUUGAUCAGCCUGGAAGUCUAAUAGACAAUUAUGUAUCGCAGUUGAGCUAUGUGCUAUCACGAAAAGCAGCAAGCCUGGUUAGCCUUCAGGCUCGCCUUUCCAGAUUCCAGCAUCGAUUGAAAGAGCAGGAAAUACUGAGUAGAAAGAGGGUACCACGCUAAGGCAACAAUUUAGUUGCAUUUGAAGUGGUCUCUUUUUCUCCCUUGUAUAAUCUGUCCCUUCGAAAUAUUCGAGAAUAGCUUAAUCUCUCUUGCCGACACACAAACCAUCAGGUGAAGUUACAUUGUGCAGAUGUACAGAAAACAAAGCAGUGGUUGUUGUCCUAUGAACUUGAACUAAAGGAACUAUAGACUUACAUUCAUGCUGAUUAACAAGUUAAGAAGCAAUGUUGUGUUGUCGUGAUCAGAUUUGGACUUGCUGAAACGUGGACAGAGAUCCACAUCUAUUACUGUGUUGUCGAAUUCCAUGUUGUGCAAUGUCGCCAAAGUAUAUGUUUUUGGGAAGAUAGAUGUGUAUUUUGUAACUGAACUUUUACUAUAUGUUCUCUUGCAACAAUAUGAUUGAUUCGAUGAUUUCACUCUGUAUCAAACAGUUGUUUUGUUUUUAUUUUGCGCUAACAUUUCUCUU